GCUCGACUCCGUGACGAGGGCUCAUCAUCGGCCGCGAGGCCCCAAAAGCGCGGCGACCGUCCCCUUAUCCCGGAGCGGGGCCGGUUCCGCGUAUGCGCCGAGGCUCAGUCCUCUCCCGCGGAAGAGGACGGGACGCGACUCCCCGGCGGGCGGCACAUUGUCAUUCGCCGAGGCUCCGUUGCUCUGGCGCGCGCUCCCCCCACCCCCUUUUUUGUUUUCCUCGGUAGCAGCGCUCGGUAGCCGAGUCACGGCGAGACUGUCCGCAGACGCACCAGCGGCACCGACUAGAUAAUACUCCGGGACGAGAGGCCGAGAGAUCAGCGCGCCCACGUUAAAAUACGUCGAACGUCGAACGAACGCCGAACGCCCAUCCUUACUUUUACGGGAGGCUAAGAAGCCAUGAGAGCCGAUAUGAUGACGACACGAGCACUUGCCCCGUUGAUCCUCAUCCUCCUCGUAGCCGUCCGAGCUUCUCAGGCCCAGAAGCAGCAGCAGGAGGACCCCUGCCAGACAAAGUCGCGCGUCGUUGGGGACAUCGAGUACUGCGAUCGCUACUGGGAGUGCGUGAACGGUCGUCCGGAAUUGUUCGACUGCCCAAACGGUUUAGUAUUCGCGGGUAAGCAUCGCGGAGUCACCGAGGGCUGCGAUUAUCCCUGGAGGGCGAACUACUGCGACGGUAAGCGCCAGGCGAACCCCCCCAUAGCCGCGGAGCACUGCGAUUGGCUCUACGGCAUAUUCGGUCACGAGACCAGCUGCACGAGGUACUGGACCUGCUGGAACGGUACAGCUACUGAGCAGCUCUGCAUCGGCGGACUCCUGUAUAACGAACGGGCGAGGUCCUGCGAUUGGCCGGAGAACGUAGAGGGAUGCCAGAAGCACCCUCUUUGUAACGAAGACGCAAAUGGUAACGUGCCAUUGGGCAAAUCCUGUAACCGUUACUGGCAGUGCCAAGGUGGCUACCCCCGACUCCAGCGAUGUCCAGCCAUGCUGGUCUUUGACAGGCGUUCGCUGCGCUGCGUCGUACCACCGACCGAGGAAUGCGAUGUGCCGACGACGCCGGCAAACCUGGAGGGUGAUUUGCCCGAGAACAGGAACGAGCAAGAGCCCGAGGAGGAAAAUCUACCACCAGGAGUAGCGCCUCUGCCUCACGGCGCCAUCCCCAUACCCCUCAGGGCUGGACGCCCAAGGAACUAAUGGACUUAGAGAAAGAAAAAUAGAGAUGGAAGAAGACGGGGAGAUAGUGAACGAGAAGCUGUGCGCGUGACUGUGAGGAUGUAAGCGAGUGAACGAGAGAACGAGAGAGAGAGAGAGAGAGAGAGAGAGAGAGAGAGAGAGAGAGAGAGAGAUUAUGGUUAUUUUUGUCGCGAAUGAGGAGGAUUGCAAAGAGACGUGCGUAAUUAUUGCAUCCAUAUACAUCUUCUUUUUUCGUUAUUCAUUUUUAUUUUUAAUUUGACUCUUACCUCUGUUUCAUUAGCGUCUGUACUAAAGUACUUCUAAUAUGUACACGGUACGUCAUAAAGUUGUCCUCUUCUUAUUGCUCUUUAGAAUCAUGUUUCUCGCAUUGCGUUUAACAAUUGUUUAUCCUUAUUUUUAAACGUAUUU